AGUAGCUGUGGCUGCUGGGUCUGCGUACGGCGUGGAUCCUAGGAUGGAGGGGCCCCAGUCCAACGGUGAGCUGGCGGAUCUACGAGGUGCUGCUCGGUUCUCUUGUCCCCCCAAUUUUGCCGCGACGCAGCCAGCCUCAGAAUCCCCUCGUUUCUCCUUGGAGGCACUGACGGGCCCAGAUAUGGAACUGUGGCUUAUCCAGGCUCCUGCAGACUUUACCCCAGACUGCCUCAAUGGGCGGCGGGUGCCUCUCUCUGGCUCCCAGACUGUGAAAGGCAAGUUGGCAGGCAAGCGGCACCGUUAUCGAGUCCUCAGCAGCACCCCAGCUGGAGAAACAACCCUGCUGGCCCCCUCAGCGGAGGUGGGAGGUGGGCUCAUUUGCGCCCCAGCCCCCCAGGGCUGCCUAAGAAUCAUUGAGGGUCUACAAGAAUCCCUGUUAGGGAUCCCUCUGCAGCCCAUUCCAGCAAGUCCCCCACCACAGAUCCCCCCUGGGCUGAAGCCUCGAUUCUGUGCCUUUGGAGGCAACCCACCAGUCAUGGGGCCUGGGUCAGCCUUGGCACACAACUCACCCACUUCAGGAAAGAGAAAAAAGAAAAUGCAGAUUCGAGAGGCUUCAGUACCCCAGGAGGCAGUGAAUGGGUAUGGAGCCCUGGAGAUGGACAGAGUGUUAGGGUCCCCAGAAAUGGAUGUGGAGAGAAAGAAAAAGAAGAAGAAAAAGCAGCAGCUGAAUGAACCAGAGGUGACAGAGCCUAUGGCUGAGAUGCUCGAGCCUCUGGGAGUGCUGCUCCCAUCCACCACCAAGAAGCAACAGCCCAAAGCGGCAGAAACAUUUGAGCUAGAAGAAAAGACAGUGGAGCUCAAAGUCAUUAAAACUGAACCUUUGGAAGAAAUAGUCCUGUCCCCCACCAAGAAGAGAAAGAGGCCAAAGGAAACAAAAGGGAUGCAGCCAGUGGAAGGGAUGACAGUUGAAUCUCAGGUGAAGGUGGAGCCACAGGAGGAAGCCAUCUCACUGUCUCCUGUGAAGAAAAGGAAAAAAGAAAAGUGGCAAAAUGCAACGACAGAGCCAGGGACUAAGUCUGUGGAGCCAGAGAUGAACCCUCAAGAGCUCCCUGGAGAGAUGAUAGAACCCGAACUGCCCAAGGAAACUGAGCCUCAGGUGGAGGCAGCUCUGGUUUCCAUCAAAAAGAAGAAAGAAAAGCGGCAAAAUGUGAUGACAGAUCCAGGGACUGAGCUGGUAGAACCUGAGAUGGCAGGUGACCUUGUGCCUCAGUCAGAUCUAGCAUCCACCAAAAAGAAGAAGAAAGAGAGAGGUCACAAAAUGACAGAGUUGAGGACUGAGACAAUUGACCCACCAAGGGAGAUGAUGGAGCCUGAGGUGGCAGGUGAGAGUGAGCCUGAGGCCAAGGCAGCUCCAGGAUUCACCAAGAAGAGGAAGAAGUGGAGUCAGGAAGGAGAGAAGCCAGAGACAACAUCCCCAGAGGAGAGGCCAGAGGUGCUACUAAACCUAGAAUCUGGGGAGGUGGCUCCCAGAGGAGGACAGAAGAAAAGGAAGAAGAAGCAAUAACAGGAUGCUAUGUAGUG